GCUAUAGCACCCUCAAGUAUGCUGGACGCACUCGUGACGAAUUGUAAGAUCGCCAAUCAUCUCAGACUCUCGUGGAACCGUUACCACAUGUCAUGUCAAUUUCUACAAGCACGAUGAUCGCAAAGAGCAAGGGCUAAGGGUCAUGUUCAGCGGACUAUAUAGAGCAGACAUGGCUUCCUCGCCACAAUGGCUCCCUGACUGCAAUUUCCGCAAUGCCAGCCGCAACAACAGCUUUUCUACAGGGUUUAUUGCUACUCGGCUCGUACUUUCCCAAGUGGGGAAAUGCAGUCCCUCUGAGAAGAGCUGACGAUUGUCCUGGCUACAAAGCCAGCAAUGUCGUGCGCGGAGAGAACAGCAUAACAGCCGACUUGACCUUGGCUGGCGCCGCUUGCAACCUUUACAGUCCAGACCUGACCGACCUCAAAUUUCUGGCAGAAUGGCAAACCGACUCCCGCCUCCAUGUAAUGAUCUUCGACAAAGACGAACAAGUAUACCAAAUACCGGACUUCGUCGUGCCGCGACCUGGUGGAUCGGUCAGCUCUGAUUCAUCGCUGCUUGAUGUUUCUGUGGGAGAAGAGCCAUUCUGGUUUACCGUCACGCGCAAAAGCAAUGAUGAGGUCCUCUUCAGCACCAAGGGAUCUAACAUCGUUUUCGAAACCCAGUAUCUGCGCCUCAGAACAUCCUUGCCGGACAACCCGUCUAUCUACGGUCUGGGCGAGCACACUGAUUCUCUACGACUACCGACUUCGAAUUAUGUCCGAACAAUGUGGGGGCGUGACGCUGGUGCCGUGCCUCUGAAGACUAACCUUUACGGAACUCACCCGGUCUACUUCGAGCAGCGGGCCGAUUCUGGCCUGUCGCACGGGGUCCUGAUGCUAAACAGCAAUGGUAUGGAUGUUAAAAUCAACAAUGAUAAUGGCCAGUAUUUGGAAUACAACACCAUCGGUGGAGUAGCUGAUCUCUACUUCAUGGCCGGGCCCCUACCGUUUGAUGUUGCUCGAGAGUACAGCGAGAUCACUAAAAAGGCUGCGAUGAUGCCAUACUGGGGUCUGGGAUUCCAUCAAUGCAGAUUCGGCUACGAAAGCAUCGGUGAGGUCGCAGCCGUGGUUGCCAACUACAGCGCAGCCGGAAUCCCUCUAGAGACAAUGUGGACAGAUAUUGAUUACAUGGACAAGUACAAGGUCUUCACCUUGGGCGAGAGAUUCCCGCUCAACGAAGUCCGUAAUCUCGUCAACAACCUGCACAGCAGUAACCAGCACUACAUCGUCAUGGUCGACCCUGCCGUCGCUGCUCAAGAUUACCCAUCCUACAACAGGGGUGUGGAAGCUGGUGCUUUUGUCAAGAACAGCGCUGGUGAUCCUUGGAAGGGCCAGGUCUGGCCAGGCACUACCGCAUUUCCCGACUGGUUUGCGCCGAACACGCAAGGCUACUGGGAUAAUGAGUUCGCUACCUUCUUCGACAAAGACACUGGAGUUGAUAUUGACGCACUUUGGAUCGACAUGAACGAACCUUCAAGCUUCUGCGACUUUCCGUGCGACCAGAACAAGGCUAGUUCGGCCGCAUCAUCUAACAUUCCUGAAAUCACAAAUAGACAGUCCGGUGGUGACAAGAAAGGAAUUCCUGACCGGGACCUUCUGUUCCCCAAAUAUGAGAUCAAGAACGAGGCAGGCGGGCUAAGUAACAAGACCGCUCAGACCGAUCUCGUCCACUCGGGAGGCUGGACCGAGUACGAUACGCAUAACUUGUACGGAACCAUGAUGAGCGAGGCUAGCCACAACAGCAUGCUCAAGCGACGUCCUGAUAAGCGACCUAUGGUCAUCACUCGCAGUACGUUCGUUGGUGCCGGCAGCUACGUCGGCCACUGGCUAGGUGACAAUGUUUCGGCCUGGGACCAGUACCUGACAUCCAUCCGACAUCUCCUUCAGUUCGUCUCCUUCUUCCAAGUCCCAAUGGCUGGCGCUGACGUGUGCGGUUUCCUGAACGACGUAACCGAGGAUCUCUGUGCGCGAUGGACUGUACUGGGCGCCUUCUACCCGUUCUACAGAAACCACAACGUAGCCGGAGCCAGGUCUCAGGAGGCGUAUCGUUGGGAUUCCGUGACUGCAGCUGCAAAGAAAGCCAUCGAUCUUCGCUACAGGCUUCUGGACUACAUGUACACCGCUAUGCACAGGCAGACUGUAGACGGUACACCCAUGCUGGCACCGCUAUGGAUGCAUUACCCCAAAGAUGCCAAUACAUACGCGAUCGAGACACAGUUUUUCUAUGGCCCUUCACUGAUGGUCAACCCCGUGACACAAGAGGGUUCUUCGUCUGUCUCUUUCUAUGUGCCCGGCGGAGUCUGGUACGAUCUUUUCACACGCAGGGCGGUACAAGGUGCUGGAGCCACAAUCACGUACUCCAAUGUCCCUACCACAGAUAUUCCCGUGCUUGUCCAUGGCGGUUCCAUUGUGCCUUUGCGCACCGAGAGCGCGAAUACUACCAGGGCUCUUCGUGACAAGCCCUUUGAGCUUCUGGUUGCGCCAGAAAGCGAUGGUACUGCUAGUGGCUCCCUGUACCUUGACGAUGGCGAGAGUCUUGAACAGUCUGGUACCAGCGAGAUCAAGUUCACACUAAGCGGAUCAACACUCACGGCUGAGGGAACGUUCGGCUUCCCGACGGUCUUGCAGAUCAAGAGCGUGACGAUUUUGGGCAGCGGUGACGCACAAUCAUUCGAGCUGAACAAGAGCUUCGAUGGCAGCUGGAGUGUAGAUGUUGGAAGUCUGAAGAAGCUGUGACCGCAUCGAAAGGAUCGGACUAUGACAUCAUAUUGCUAGCGCAGAAUGAAGAUUAUGAAUACUUGCACCCCCAAAC